ACCAGUGUCCUUGAACACAGAAAAGCGGUUAUUUAUUGUUUUCAUGAAAAUUUCCAUAUCAAUAUAAAAACAGCAAUUGGUCACCUAGUCAGUUCAGAUUUUAUCAAAAAACGAGGAUGAAAAGAACAGAUAAGACAAAUAGUUGUUUCUAUUGUAAACAGAAAGUAUGCACUAAGAAAAGACAAGUGUGGAAGCAGCUUAUCAAUACAGAAUAUAGUGCUGCGCUUUUGCGAAAAACUAAGGCUGUAGCAAAAAGCCAUGGCCUUUAUUGUAUCAGAACUGUAAAUGGUGAAAUUCUAUAUAUAGGAUAUUCAGACCGCAGUGUGCGGAAAAGACUUUUGGCACACUGUGGGGGUUAUGAUAGGCAAGCAAUAGGCAAAUUUCUGAAAGGCAAGGAUUUGAGAGACUUUUUACUUUCCUGGGUUGAAGAACGAAAGGCAGAAUGCCUAGAAGAACAAUUUAUAGAGUUCGCUGCACAGGAACAAGGAGUUCGUCCUAGAUUUAAUAUGAAAAGAGGACGAUCAUGCGGACGGAAAGAAGAAUGAAUCUAUACAAUUGUAUACAUUUGGACUAUAAACGUUAUGUUGUUAUGAUCCCAUUUGAAGAAAUUAAUAAAUUUUAUAUUUUACAAUCUUAAAACGAAAUAAAUGAAUUUCUAUUCUAA